AGAAAGAGGAGGAAAGAAAACACACACAGUAGACAGCUCGCACUCACUCCGCUCGCUGGAGCGCCAUCUUAACCAUAAAGGGGUUUUAAACCGGGAGACAACAGGAAAGAGGGACUCAAGAGGAGAUAAAGAGUCUUCUUCUCAGCCGGCGGGUUGUUUUGGAUUAUUUAAGUCAUGGCUUUGCGCGUUUAUAACUCAAAGUAAAGGCGCGUACGUGAGGAAAUCAGCUCUGCACUUGUUAGCCUUUAGCCAGCUAGCAGGGGGGAGGAAGGUGGGGGUUCGAGGAUCUUUUUUUUUCCUCCGCAGCUGAAGUUGUUUGUUUAUGUUAUCCAUCACAGACAUGUCCUCUUCAAACCCAGGUAAAGUGAUGUAAAAGUCGCAAUGACAGCUUAACCGGACUAUACUCUCUCACUUUCAAUGUUUUUGUGUGGAUUUUUUCACUCAUCGCCAGGGCAGACACUUUCGUAAAGAUAGCGUGACAGCAUCAGCUAAAUUAGCUUAGCAUGUUGGCAUGCUAGCCAGCUCAUAGAGGCUAGAUUAGCGACUAGCUAAAAUAGACCUGUUGUGAUAAACUUCGCCUUGCCAAAAGAGCCAAAGUGAUUAAAAAGUGUACAUUAGGUGUCUAUCGACUAGAAUUCGGUCUCAUAUGUGUUCAUUUUAAGUUAAUAAUCCACAUAUUAUACAUAUCUGGAUGUAGCUUGAUGGUAGCUACGAUGAGUUGUUUUAGCUCACUCCAACCUGUCAACACGACACAAGAAUAUAAGAUUUUUGAGCCGUAUUUAUGCCAAAAUCCAGAUUGCUACUUUCAAACAUAAUCAUUUGAACGCAUUUAUGUCAAUUUAAGCUCCGAAGAGGGCUUACUUUACAUUUUCAGAGCCAGAGGCACAAUAGGAAAUCACCUGUCAUAUCUGCCACACUGUGCCUCACCAUGCCUCUGUGUUUAUUUAUAGAGUUACCAGACCCUAAUCUGGGUAUGGGGGCGAGUGGGACCCAAGGGAGUGGAGGGGCUGUUGUACCAAAAGGGACCAACAAAAGAAGAGCUGGGUAAGUCUGAUCGUGAUUCAGAUCAGGGAGGAAAAAGCAGAAAUGCUAGGAUCAUGUAAUGUGUAAUUGCUGACUGUUUUACUUUUGCUUGAGAGCUGUGGUCGAAAUUGUUGUAAGAGCAAAAGUAUGAAGCUGCUGUUCACAUGGCUCUCUUCUCCUUUUUGUAGGCCAGAUUUUGAUGAUGAUGAAGGGAGUAAGCUGUUCAGGUACGUUUAUUUGUAAGAUGAGGUGUUGCAUUAAAUAUUUAAAUGGUCAUGGCAGCUUGACUGAAAAGACGUGUUUUUUUUAUUUCUGUUUUCUUUCAGAUGCGAUGAUGAUACAGGAGGCUCCGGCAAUGACAAAGAGCGCUUUGCCAGGUAGGAGGAUGAAUCGGGGAAAUAACUGCGUGCAGAGGGUGUGAAGGGGAGCAAUAUUAUCCCCCCAUGAAUCUGCUCUCCCUCCUCUCUCUGGGAUUCCUUUGACACUUACUCGUCUUUUUAUUUGGUAGUAAAUUUUGGGCCUCGAUUUUAGUGGGUUGGUUUCAUUUCCAGGUUUUUGGAAGAAGAUCAGAGUUUUGCAGAUAAGGAAAAACUAGCCAGGUAUGGCGUCUACCACUGUGGAAGGCUCCCUCUCCUGCUUGUAUUCAUAUGUAUAUUGAUUGCACUUAUCAAAUACUUUCCUGUCCUGCUGGGACUCCAGUGUAUUGCCAGUACGACAGCACAAAGUUACAGGAAUAUUUCGCUGCUCUGUGCGUCUGUUUCGAUGCUUGUCAGAAUGUUAUGCCUCUUUGCCCGAGACAGCUGAUUGUCCCUCUCAGCCCACCAUUGUGUUACGUGUCACUAACCGCUUUGCUGUGUGGGAGUCAGGAACAUUUUUCUCUCUGGCAAUACCUUACUUUUGAGCAACUUUCCUCUCUUUCUCUUUUGUCUCCUCCCUCUCAGGACACCUGAGGGUUUUUUCUCUUUCUGCACCUGCACUCUUUCUUCACACCUGCUGGCCUCAAAAGGCCGGACUCUCUUGCUUUCUGGCGAUCAUUUUUAUAGACCAUUGAUUACACUUUUUUCACUUCUAUUAUUUCUCCCACCCAGUCAUUCUCACUUUUUCUUCCCGAUUGGCAUACUUGCAUUGCGGCAUUAACUCUAAACUCUAACUCCAUGUUGUCCACCUGCCCGUCUGUUUCCCCAUCUCAAUCCCUCCUAUCCUCUCCACCUAUGCCUCCCUCCCUCGCUUCUUAACUCCAGGGAGAACCACAGCGAGAUUGAGAGGAGGAGGCGGAACAAGAUGACCGCCUACAUCACAGAAUUGUCAGACAUGGUGCCCACGUGCAGUGCACUAGCACGCAAACCUGACAAACUAACCAUCCUCCGAAUGGCUGUGUCUCAUAUGAAAUCUCUGAGAGGAAGCGGAAAUACCAACGCGGAUGGAUCCUACAAACCCUCCUUUCUCACUGAUCAGGUAUGAGGAACUCAGAGAGAGAAAUGUAGAAAAUUAUGGGGAAUAAGAUUUGAAUUAAUUCCAACCACAUUUAUUAAUCACUUUCUAGGAAAUGUAGGAACUUUAAUGAAAAGUUGGACAAAGAUUUACUUCUUGUACAAGGUUUAAUAAAGUCAUUCAGUCGUUAAAUUGGAAAAACAGGUUAUAGUUCACACUGAAGCUCGCUGAGUUCAGUGGCAGCAGCAUGCGAUGAGAGUGAAAGUAGCACCCUUUAAGCCCGCAAGUGAAUUUUCGCACAUGUUGGCUGAAGGGCAGCUACUCUGACUGAGAGACUAUCUUUGGCAGUGCUGGUCAAAUCUAAAUUUGCUUUGACUAUAUAGAGCCCCAAUUCUUUACAGACACUUGGUGAACCUGUUAGUUCUUUGUGACUAAAUUUUGUAAAUGUGCAAAGACUGUGGUUCACUUGAAUUAAGCUGUUGUGCUUCCUGCGCUUCCGACGAAGUUACCUGCUAACGGGCGACAUUAUUCUUUUGAAGCUAUGUCAACAUACACAACCUACACUACCUGCAAAGCAACAAAAUAGACAGCAAUGACAAGGAGCAAGAUGCAUGGGGAAUUUGUGUAUUCUCAGUUUAGGGAAUUUGAAGAGUAUUAAUGUUGAGUACAGGGAAAGAGAGUUGUUUCUGCCUCGUGUUUAGUGUGCCUUUUGUGCCAUCCGUCUGUAGGAACUGAAGCACCUCAUACUCGAAGCAGCUGACGGCUUCCUUUUUGUGGUGUCUUGUGAGACCGGCCGCAUCGUUUAUGUCUCCGACUCCUUGACACCGGUUCUUAACCAGGCUCAGUCCGAAUGGCUCGGCUCCUCUCUUUACGAUCAGUUGCAUCCAGAUGACACAGAAAAGCUCAGGGAGCAGCUCUCUACUGCAGAGAAUAACAACACAGGUAAAAAUUAUACGCAGACCUUUAGUUGAUUCCUUUAUUUAAUUGUCACAAUGGAAACAUAGCAUACUAGCUUCCUAAUACUAGAUCUUAACACUUUGGAUAUGAGCUGCUAUGAUCACCUCAUUGCAACUUUAAAUUCUGUUGAUUCUGUCACUAAAGGGAGGAUGUUGGACCUGAAGACGGGAACAGUAAAGAAGGAAGGCCAGCAAUCAUCCGCCCGAAUGAGUAUGGGCGCCCGCCGAUCGUUCAUCUGCAGAAUGAGGUGUGAUUCAUAUUGUAGUCGCCCAUCCAGCUCAGUAACUGCAUAGAAAUGUGUGUCUAGAUGCAAUAAGUGUCGGAGUGGUAAAAGUUGUGUAUUUUGCAGAUGUGGCUCUUGUCCGGUGGAGCCUUUAUCUAUGAACAGACUGAACUUCCUCAGGAACAGAAACAGGUAAUCAAGCUCAAACACUUUUUUCUUUUUGCGUUUGUUUUGUAUUUUACUGUUGAAGUUGUUUUGGAGACAAUAGUCAUAUCUCAAACAAAAGAGUCAAGACAGCAGAAUACUCUUAUCGGUAUUGUUGUAAACAUAUUGAUCUGAAGUUUUUGUAAACAUUUCUUAACUUGUCUUCUAGGAAUGGGCUGGGUACCGCCAAGGAGGGGGAGCCCCAGUAUGUAGUGGUUCACUGUACAGGAUACAUCAAGUCCUGGCCACCUGCAGGUAAAAUCAGUAAGCAUAUACAGUUCUUCCACAUGUAAAUACAGCUGAGGUUUUGAACCCUUUUAUGAGUUAUGUGUUUAUAUUGUAUUUUGCAUAUUUGUGUGUUAGGAGUGUCUCUAACAGACGAUGAAGCAGACAACACUCAGGGGAGCCGCUACUGUCUAGUUGCCAUCGGGAGAUUACAGGUAUGACGGAUAUAUCUUAAGGAGAGAAAUGCAAUAUAUCCUUGUGUGUAGAAGUUUAUAUCCGACCUGAGAGCUUGGUUUCUUCACUGACUAACUGCAACAAAAUGUGGCCUUUUAAAUAAGCAGUCUUCUCUUUACCUAUGUUGUAAGCGACAUGAAAUCUUUUGAAACUGUAAAUCUACCACAAUGCAAUACUUUAUGGUCACAAUCUGCAGUCUUAUCUGAAGUGGAUUGUAUCAAAUAUUUGCACUAUUACAUUGUGUUUUGAAAUCUGCUUAUAAGUUGCUGAUUGAAAGAGACUUGAUACUGUUCAGACACAGUCAGGUACUUUUUACUCUGAUGCUGAUUUUGCUUCGUACUUUGCUGAAUCAAACAUACAUGCAGUCUAUUGACAAAUUCAUCAAGUGUGUGUAUUUUGGGUUGGGCUGUUAUUGUGGGGACAGUUCAGCAUCCACUGUUGCCUUCUAACUGUGAUAGCAGCUUGUUUAGCUGAUUGUUAUUUAAUUACUUAUUUGUUAAAACAGCUGGAUCAUUACGAUCACUUGAAGCUCCUUGAUUUACUUGCAAGCUGAUAGAUGUAGUAUCAAGUCCCCCGGCAAGGAACAGCAAAAUACAUUCAAUAGGUCACUUAGACAGGGGCGAAAUAUCUGAUGAUAAUGUUCUUAAUUGACUUCCAAAGAUUAUCAGGGUCCUCUGUGGGGCUGGGAAAGUGCCAAUUCUCAUUCAUGAGGACUGUUGAUGAAGUUUGAGCUGAUGAAGUGUUGUGCAGCUGAAAACUUGACAGGUGUUUCCACAUGCCACCUGUAUUGUUGUUGAGUAAAGUUACAUAAUAAGUAAAGAUAAAAGUAGAAAACUUAUCACUUCUGGGAACUUGCAUUCAGAGACACCACCGUAGUUGUGGUGGCUCUUUACUUCUGAUCAUUUGUUGGAUUGUUCUGUAGAUGGAUGUGAUAAGACACAAUAUGGUUUUGAGGACGUUAAACUCGUCUUGAUCCAGGAGACAUUGUGGUUUCAGCUUGCUUCCUGUAAACUUAAGUAUUACAACUCAUUUUUCGUUCUCUCCCCCUUGUAGGUGACUUGUUGCCCGGGUGACACAGACAUCAACAGUAUCAGUGUUCCAGCAGAGUUCAUCUCACGCCAUAACUGCCAGGGCAUGUUCACCUUUGUUGAUCAUCGCUGUAUGGCCGCUGUUGGCUACCAGCCACAGGUAAGACUGGCAGCUUAGGGACAGGGACUGUUUGUCCGACAGCAUCCCUUUACAGCCUUUGAAGCUGGUUUUCAUGUGUGUUAAUGACAGUUACAUCAUAUAUUAUGAUUCACAGGAUUUACUGGGGAAGAGUAUACUGGAGCUCGCCCACCCAGAAGACCAGGGCUUACUCAGAGACAGCUUCCAACAGGUAGGACUUCCUGAGCAUGUGAUAAUAUUUAAUACUUCUUCAUAUCUUGGUGAAGCUUUAGUGUUUUUCAUACAACAUUAAAUGAGUUUACAUUCACUUGUAAGAUUACACCACCUACUUAGCAUUUGAGUUUUAGAUGAAUCGCUGCAGCAGAACUUUGAAAAUGAUCGGUUUUUAUUCAGUGUCUUCUUCCUGUUCAGGAAAUAGUGAUAACCGUACCCACAGUGCAUUUGCUGCGUGACUCAUGACUCAAUAUGUGAUAGCUACAUGACUCACGAUAGUGAUAAUUUCACAAAAUUACAUACUGUGCUACGAUAACAAUGUGUAGCAAAACAAAAAAAAAUUAACAGUACAUAACAAUAUCUUGAUAACUAAAGAUUACAAAAGCCCAUAAUAACACAAGGUGUAGGAUUAAAGGGAUAUUCUAGCGUAAAACUAAUUUAGGGUCAAACACAACGUAACAUUGAGUUAGACACCCCCCGAAAGAUGAAUGUUGCCAUCCACUUGCUUCUCACUUAGUUAUACCAACUUUAGUAACGACCGCACAAUAGUGAUACACAGCGGUCUCAGGAGCCAUAAACAAACCUUUAAACCAAAAUGCCACUCUAUAGCCACAAAUAAUGCUCAGAACAGCACCUAACUUCAUCAACAGUACAUGUAGGGUCCUAGCCACAGCACUAGCCACGAAACAUUAUUUUAACUUUGCCUGAUUUCUUUAGCAAAGAGACUAAACACAACUCACCUACUCUCUUCCAGCAGCCGCUUGUUUGUAGCGAGACCGCGGGCCAGUCCAUUACAGACUGCAGCGGGAUGACACAGCUCAAGGCAGAAUAUUUAUGAUAAGCAGUCUAUGUGUCCCUAAAGUAAUUUUACGCCGGAAUAUCCCUUUAAUGCGUCUCUUUACUGCACUUUGGUUUGGUUUCACUGAGAUGAUUUUUGUCUGUCAGUUCAAUUCACAGAGCCAAAAAACAACUGUAAAAUCACUGGGGGAAAAAAAAAUUAUGAAAAUCACAUUUAGAAAAAAUGUAAGGAAGUUUUUCCAAAUUUUAUACUUAAACUCUGAAAAAAGUUUUUUUUUGUGUUAACCUGAUGUCAUAAACCACAGCCUAAUCUUUCAAUUAACUGUCAUUCCUCUUUAGCCUCAGCAAAACUUCUGCCAUAUGAGCACCACUCUGAGUUUUGUGCAUCAUGCUAGUUUGUUUUGCAUACGGGUAAACUGCUCUCUCUUACCAUCAAAGAGUCACCACAGCACUCAUUCAGCCUGACGUUAACCACAUAAACCAUGUUAAUCCUACUGAUCAGAAAGACUCCAGAUUCUGACUUUCGUUUUGCUGAACUUGUAUCCACAGGUGGUUAAACUGAAGGGUCAGGUCUUGUCAGUGAUGUUUCGGUUUCGCGCCAAAUCCAGAGAGUGGAUCUGGAUGAGGACCAGCUCCUUCACUUUCCAGAACCCGUUUUCAGAAGAGAUUGAGUAUAUUAUUUGCACAAACGUCAAUGUCAAGUGAGUAACACUCUGAUUUUAUCAAUACCAACUAUUAUGUAACAUGAUUACACAAUCAAACACAGAGCACAAUGAAACGAUUGAAGAGUUCAGAUGUGACUGUUGUGAAAGAUCCCUCAGUUUGAAAGCUUACCUAUCACUCUCCAUCCAACUUCCUCCUAAACCCUCACCACCACCCCUUUAACAAAGCACACACUGAUCACUCUCUCCCUACACCUCUCCUCUGCACCCAUCUGUGAUUGUGGGGCAGUAGAAACUCGACUCAGGAUCCCCUCACUCCAAUCUCUUCCCCAGGGGGUUCACUGCCCCCUUCCCUGGGUCAAGGCAGUCCAAACUGCCCCCCGGUAGUGCUCAGUCCUGGGCAGAUGACCGCCAGGUGAGACCAGGCCUCGCCUGACUAUCCUCCCCCCUCAUGGGAGAACAGGGGCUGCUGCUUCAUGGGAGACUACUGCUGAUUCCAGCAGUCCUUCUUCUUAUUUUCAUUUCCCACUUUUGGUGAUUCCUCCCUUCAUUGUAGUUUCUCUCUGUUCCUCUUGAGUGUUGGAAAGUAGUGUUGUUGUCUGAUAAGGAGCAUGUUUGUUUGUUACUAAAGGUGGAAGUGUCCAGGUCCAAAGAGAUGUAUUUAUAACAAAGGUGGUGCCAGCAUGUUGGUGUGGGUAUUUUAUAUAACAGGUCUUCCUCUGCUGAACUGCGCUUCCGUCUCCUCUUCUCUCCUGGUUUUUCUUUAUGUUGCCAUGGUUACCGGUGGAGGGUCGACUGCUACUUUGUCAGCAGGUGUUUAGGGGUUCUCACUCAACAGUUGAGGACAUGGAAAUGAGGCUAUUUUUGACCAUCCCUCCCUUUCCUCCUCUCUCUUUUCAGGCAGUUACAGCAGCAGCAGCAGGCUGAGCUCGAGGGAGGCGGAGCCAGAGACAACAUGUAUGAGGCUGGACCAAUCACAAUGUCACAGGUUACGCCCCCUCCCACAUACACACACAUGAAUAUUGGGAGACAUGAAUGCAGUGAAUACUUCAACCUGUUUUUCUUACUGUCGUGACUGAUAUGGUAGCUGUGGCAGGAUAUUGAUUGUUUGCUCGGUAGAAAAGCAGAAUCAGAUAACAGGAAUGGUGGAUUAUCAGAGCUGCCGGCACGCUUACAUUGAGUGGAACACUUUCUGUGUAGGACUUGUGGAUAUAAAAAGAUUUAAAGAAAAGAAAUAGAGUUGGAACAGACCACCUUUGUACACAGAGCUGACGAUCACGAGCCUUUUUUAAGUCAUGAAACUAUUUAAAGCUAAACCUCUUAGAAAGGGGAACAGUUGGGAAUAAUGCUGCAUUCCAGUUACCUCGGAAGUUAGAUGUCAGAGCUGGGAAUGACGUUAAACCCGAGUUGAUGGCGCUCCAGUUAACAAGUCAGAAAACCAAGAUGGACGCCUACAGUUACCCUGGUUAGCUGUUCUAUACAUUUGUCAGCUGUUGUCAGCUGUUGUUAGUUGAUGUUAGCGAUACCAGUUGUAAACAACGCACAACACAGUAUUUUACUCUUGCGAACACUAUAGCACUGUAUUCACAGUUAGACGUUGGGCGGUACAACAUAAACCACUUUUUCAAUUUCACAAAAAAAAAUAGAAGUGCUAAUAGAUAAUACAUAACGAGAGCUUUUACUGUUACUCUUGUUACUCUUUACUGUUGAUGCACUGUGCUGCCAUUUUGAAUUAUGACGUCAUCGUCAAGUUGGGGUUGGCGAGGAUCAUCUGACUUUCUGAUUCGGAAAUCCACCUUACGGGGGUGUUUGGGCUAAAUUUCCAACUCAGAGCUCGGAAAUCCCAACUUUCGAGUACAACUGGAAUGCAGGAUAAGUCAACAUGAUAAGAAAUAACUAUAAAGACAGAAAUGAUGUUUGAGGAAAAAUCUAUUUGACAUUUAUUUAAAUUUUUUAGUUCGUCCAAUGUCUCAUCUGUUAUUAUGAAGGAGACUGAGUUUAUGACCUUUUCUGCUGCCAGACAGUCUUAUGGCUUUAUAGUCAGUAAACAGUUACAUCAUUCAUUAUGAUAUGCAGUCUGUGUGUGCGGCAGUUAAAGUCAAACACAACUCUUAAAGGAAACACAGAUGACCCUAAAUAGAUGUUCUAAUUUAUUUUUUGGACUAGAGUUGACUAUGAACCAUUCAAGUUAUUAUAACAACAGAAAAUUUAGCUUUUCAAUCAAUGUAAAUUAUACGAUUAUAUGAUUGUGAUCCCUGGGUUUUAUUUUUUUGAUCCUAGAUGCCAGUGCAACCCGUGACAGCAGCCGGGCCAGACCACAGCAAGAGUCUUGACAAGCCAGAGCUCUAUCCUGCCCUCUACCAAGGCCCAGACCAGACCAAGGGCCUGCCUCCAACUCCCAACCCCUCUGCACAGAUCUACCCUCCAGCCAACAGCUUCCCUGCUGCCCGUACAAAUGAGCCAUACAGGUAGAUCACUCAGUGUGCAUACACGGUAGUGCAGGUGUUAACUUACAUUCUAGAUUUUAGAUUUUAAAGCUGUGGGCAACACUUCUAUCUGUUUAAUGUCUUGGAGCACACUCAGUCAGUGACUGUGAUUUACUACACAACUAAUACAAAGCCUGGAGCUCUUACUUAGCCUGUUAUCUUGAGAUGUAAUCCUAUUAGAUUAUAUUGUUAACUUGGGAUAACAGUGUUUCAGCCAACAACAUUAUACUUAAGUUAAGAUGCAAAAAUAAUGAGAUUCUUAUCCAGUGUUGGUUUUGACUUUAUGAAUACCUGCAUUUGAGGCUAGCGUAGUGUCUAAUGGACUCAACAACAGUAUUUGUAUAUUUUGCGGCCACAGAGUCAUAAUUGUAAAUCUGUGUCUUACUGUAGUUCAUAUGAAGGAUAAAGAAAAACAAAGACCUCCUCUUGGGCUUUAAGUGGAUGCAGAUUUUGUCAGACAAGAUUAUGGUCCCUUUUGGAUGGAGUGAACACAACCACACAGUUAUACAGUUUGUCCCUAUGCUACACAAGAAGUGAAACUAUGUACACACCCGAAAACUUGAAACGCCCGUAUCAACGACAUGACUUCAAACUGCUCACCGCUAAGCACACUUCUACUAAUGUCACUCAUAUAUCUUUAAAAGUCUAACUUUAGAUGGCACUCAAACUGAUAUAUACCUGAAAACUUAAUCAAAUCUACACGCCAUAGUUAAUAUUACAUGAUGUUUUUAAUAAUUGUAUUUUGUGGAUUUCUUUCUUCUUUCUUGGCAUCUUUUAGAAGAGAAGAAUGGGUUUGAGUGCUGCUUCAUGUUGCACAGCUAAGUUUAAAUGUGAUUGAUGUUUUUUAAGAGGACAAGGUUUAAAUGUUUGUUUCCCCGCGUCAGGUCUUUUUGUGACUUCUAGACAGCAGAGCUCUCACUAUUGCCACUUCAUGUCCUCAGGCAAGUCAACAUGACUCCACAGAUGGCUCAGCCGUCUCACUCAGCAGGACAGAUGCUGGCUCAGAUGUCCCGCCAGAACGGAGCCCCUCACUCCGUUACUCCCGCCAGUACUGGCAGCCCCCUGCAUGGAGGACCAGCAGGAGGAUGGCCUGGAGCUGCGGCUGGAGUCAGACAACAGUUUAAUAACCAGGUAAGACAGCACAACAAUAUUCACUGACUGUUGAGAGUUUUUCUUAUUUAAUAUUGUGUUGUACAGACUGCUUCAAUGUCUGUCCCAGUUUAAGAUUUCAUAUCUGUUAUUUCUGAGCAAAUGAAGUUACUCUUGCUGUUCUAACCAGCAGGUGGCUCCCCAAGCAGCAAAGACGAUGUCUCCGCAGUUUGCUCCCAUGGGAGGAUUUGGAGGUAGUUCUUCCAACUCUUUUGGCCAAAUGCCUACAGGUGCUGCUCCCACCCCAACCAGUGGUGCAAACUACCAGCCAAUCAAUACACGUGCCAACCUCAACAGCAAUGGUUAUGGUAGGUUUAGGACACAUACAUUGAAAUAUUUCUUUGUUUUACCUCCACAUUCUCUCACCCUUUUGUAUUUCUCUCCAGAUGGCUCCCAGUCUGGGGCUCAGUUCCCCCCUCGGGCAGCGGAGGCAGUGUGGCAACAGUGGCAGGGCCAGCAGCACUCGCAGAAUAAUGCAGAGCAACAUCCUCAUGCUCAGGGCAACCAACAAGACAUGUUUCCUGUGAGUGAUUCAAGCAUUAUCUCAUCCUCUCAAGCACAUUUUCCUAUCUCUUUGCCACUCAAAAUAAACCUCUUUGUCUCGCUGAUCUGAUUCAGGAUGUGCUGUCUAUGCUGGACCAGCCAACCAACUUCCAGCCCGAAGAUUUUGAGAUUCCAAUCUACUCUUCCUUUAAUGAGUGACCCGGUCGAUACUUCUCCGCUGGUCUUUUAGACAUUUUUUUUGCCCUCAGUCCGUCUCACAUUCAGCUCUUCUGCUCCUCUUUUUGUCUUGCUCCUGGGAGAAGUAACCUCCCCUUGCUUUGCAUGGCUUAAAAUUGCACUGCCACAAGAUGAAGGGAGAGAUCUACCUGCAGAUAUAGAGGGGAGGAAAAUCAAGGAUUUGCAACUAAAAGAUUAUUUUAACAGUUUUCCAGCCAUUGUAAGAGGACUCUUUAGCUAGCACUGCCCAAAGCUCAACAGCCUAUGUUGUAGAUAUGUGAAUUAUAUAUAUAAAUAUAUAAAUAUAUAAAACUGCACAAUCACACAACCACACUUGAAUAAACUGCACAAAACACUCUUAAAAAAAGCUCUGGUGAACAAACACCAGAACUGAACACACAAGACGACUCACAAAGGCCUUUUUGUCUCCUAGUUUUUCUCAGGCAUUGAUGGAGAGUGUGUUUUGAAGUUGUUGCCCUUUAGCAUGUAGACAAAUCACUCCAAUCGUUGAUUUAAACUCUCAGGAAAUUGCAGGGAUAUUCUGCUUUGGUGACUUUCAAAUUCUCAGCUGUCGCACGCAAACCACCACUGUCUGUGCUAACCUCCACAGCAUGUUUCUGCAUGUCGGCACUGCUUUCAUGGAGCGCUUUUACAAUAUGUAGAUCCAUACAGGGUACAGUUUUCUAUGUACACUGGUGGCGUCACCUUUACCUUUUAAUUAUUUUGUGUUUCCUCUUGGGGAAUUGUCAAGGGUAUUUUCUUGAUAAGAUGAUGUUCUUCAACAACAGACAAUGAGUGUUACAAAGGCUACACACUGUUCGUCAAGGUGACCGUAGGAAAUGUAAACAAUCAAUUUUUCUUUGCCUACAUAUACUUGUAUACUACAGUGUGCAUGAGUGUAUGUAAAUGGAUAAAUAUGGAACCAUUAUCAUCUUCAAAACAAUGAUAGGGUUUCUUAAUCGCUUAAAAUUCUUCUUUCUGCCACCCUGCGUUGACCUGAACCAAGUAUGAGCUUUUUGUACUUAUUUUGUAAAUGAAAUUCGAAAGAAGUCACACAGCAAUAAUUAACAAGCAGGAAAUGUGUUACUUUUAAAGCCAUUCUUUAAUGUUGUUAAUAAAUUUGUCCUUAAUUAAUGUUGUUUAUUAAAUGGAGAGAUGUCAAUUCAAAUCAAUUCAACACUUUAUAUGGACACAGAGGCAGUCCAUAGAACAAUAAAAUAAACACACAUACACAUAUACACAGAAAAGACAGAUAUUCCAAAUAUCACGUAUUUACAUACAAGCUUGAAUGCAUGUGAAAGUAAUGUUUGAUUUAAUUCAAAUGUUUUCCAGUAUUUUCUUUUCUUUCAACUUUUGUUGACCUCUCCAUUGAGCUUUUCUGAUUACUAUUCUACUAACGGUUUAAUCAGGGUGCGAAGGAUCGAAAUGGAAUUUAAAAAAACAAUAUGAUCUCUGAAUGAAAAUGGACUGAUCAUCUUCAACCACCUGUAUUUUACAAUCAUUUUUUUGUUGUAUCAUAGAAUAUUGUUUUGAGGUAAGAUUCAACGCUUUUAAAAUAUUUUAAUUCUAACAAGUAAAUUCAUUGAAAUGAUCCUUUUAUUGCAAGAUCUGCAAACAAAAUGGUGAAUAAUGUAACUGUAUGUGAACCCAUGCUGAUAAUUGUCCAUUUUUCAUCUUCAAGAGGCUCGUAUGUUGGUGACUGUGUUGUCUUUGUUAUUGUUUAAAAAGUUUUUGGUUGCUCAGUAUCCAGGUUUUUUCAAUGAUGUGAACUUUUAUCAUUUAGAAACACAGAUAUAUAUAAAUAUACUGUAUAUGUCUCCGAAAUGUUAAUCGAGAGAAAGAAAUGUUUGGUUUUUGUAUUAAAAUGUUAUAUUGUUGAAAACAAA